AUGUUGCACAAUUACAAAACAGCCCCUCAUAUGCAAACCGAAAAAGUGACCGGUGGAAGUGUGGAAGUUGUGGCGGGAGCUGGAGGAAAAAGUUGGGAGGGACCACGAACGUGGGAGCAUGAACGCGCGAAGCAACAACUGAACGACGGAAGCGAGGUAAUGAAGAUAAAUGAAUUUCGAAGCUGGGUCAUCUUGUGGGAAGGAGCUGUUCUGUUAUUUUCAUGUGGGGGGAAAUUUGUGACAAAUGGUGAAGGUGAAGUGAGAUAUAAUGGAGGUGGCGUGAGGUUAAGAAGCAUUAAGGAUGGGCUGACACUUGAUGAAUUGAGGCUAAUGAUAUCUGAGUGGAUUGGUGGCGAUGGAAGAAAUUAUGACAUUAAGUACACAGUGGCCUUUGAUGAGAAGACAUUGAUUGACCUUCAUGACAAUGCUGAAAUGUAUAACCUCUUUCAAUACAAUGGGAACAGCGGUCAUGUGUAUGUGGCCGAAAAAAGACAAGUGGGUCCCCAACCAAGGGACAAUGUAGAAAUAACAGAGAGAUUCAUGGGCAUGUCACAGCAAACUGAACUGGAUGCGUCUCCCAUUAGUUUGUGUUGUGAUUAUGGCUGGCUCAGUGAAGAAAAUGCUCGGGAAUGUGACAAUGAUGAAAUAAGUGGGCCCCCUAAUGUGGAUAAAUCUAUCGGAGCUGAAGAUACGGAUGGUAGUGAGAUGUUUGCACUUGCAAACAAGUUUGUGGCCAAGUAUAUGAGGAAUAGCAAGGAAUUCAUGUCGAUAAGGUGUAAAGUUGAGGUUGUCCAUGGAAGCUAUGUGCAAAUCAUGUGGGGAAGAGUUGUGAUGUGCUACGAGUGA